GUGCCCCGGCCCGCUGGCUGCCACCAUGGGAAGCGGUGGCAUCAAGGCCUCGAAGAGGCAGGCCACCGCCGAGAAGCCGAGGCACGCCUCGGCAGACCACCGCGGCCGCCUCGGCCCGGUGCUGCUGGCCGCGGCCAGGGAACCCAAGGGCGCGACCACUGCGGAGCUGGGCGCCGCGUUGCGGUGCCUGGCGUCGGCGGCGCCGGCCGAGGCUUCGGCCUGGUUCUCCCAGAGGCUCGAUGUCUCGCCAAAGUCUGGCGCCGCUCUGGCGUCUCUGCUGCACAGGCUCAUCGGAUGCGUCCUCGACCCGAAGGUCGCCGCAGCAGAGGAUGCUGCGGCGCAGGUGGAAGGGCGAUCCGAUGGCGUGGCCGACGUUGGUCGCCUAGUGGACGCCUGCGAGAGCAGCCUGGCGGUUGAAGAUCCAGUUGAGCGAGAUGCCGUGGCGGUUGCGACGGUGGUCUUGGACCGUGUCUUCGCCAAGUCCUCCUGGCAGGGGGAUUGCACUGUUCUGUCCUUUGACCGGCUCGUGCGCAUCUUCCACCGGUCCUUCAUCGCGCACAUGCAGGGCUCCUCGAGAAACCUGCAGCGGUGGCGCGAGAUGAGGGAGGGAGCGGGGCUCCCCGCGAUCGAGGAGCACUGCCGGCUGCUGAGCCCAGCCUCCCGAGGCGCGCUGCUGGCGCUCCGGCUGGUGCCAGAGGACUCGACCCCAGUCCAGGUGGUUCUCUCGCGGGAGAGCGCCCUCACCGACUUCUCGCAGCAGCUGCCCGACCUGGCGCAGCCUUGCGUGCUCCAGCCCUACUUCGAGUCGGCCUCGGGCACCAAGGUGAUCCGCGGCCGCCGCGUGGAGGGCGGCGAGGGCCACGGCCCGCGCAAGGAGUUCUUCGUGGGCGUCUCGGCGGACGCGUGCAGGCGGUGGGGCCCGCCCGUGGCCGCGCCGGCGCCCUCUCCUGCGGCGCCGCCGGAGGCGGCGCCCGUGGCGGGCGCCACCUGCAGUGGCAGCCGGAUGCCGGAGGAGGAAAAUUCGGAG